AGAUUUCCGUCUUCGUCACCGUAGCCUCCCUGUUUAGCUAAAAUGGCUCCGAAACCGAAGCCCACGGAUAAAGCAGCAGGCGGCAAGUCUGGCGACAAAAAGCCGACAGAGAAAAAAACUGAAAAGAAGCCAGCAACUACAGCUUCCACUUCCUCGGCGAAGGUUACUAAACCCGCGGCAAAGAAACCAGUGGCAGCCAAACCUGCGGCAGCAAAGGCUGCAGCAGGGAAACCUGCCAAGUCUACCACAACCAAACCUGCGGCGAAACCUGCUGGCAAGCCUGCAGCCAAGCCUGCAAUUAGCAAAUCUAAGAAGCCUGCACAAUCCGCGAAGAAAACACCCAAGGGAGGAAAAGCACCUGCAGUUCCCGUGCAAAAAGCUUUGAAAGUACAAAAGAAGAUUCUUAAAGGUGUCCAUGGAUCGCGAGUCAGGAAAAUUAGGACGUCGGUCCACUUUCACCGACCAAAAACGUUCAGACCGCCAAGGAAUCCUAAAUAUCCCAGGAAAAGUGUGCCUAGCAGGAAUCGUAUGGAUGCAUUCAAUAUCAUCAAGUAUCCACUAACGACCGAAGCAGCGAUGAAGAAGAUUGAAGACAAUAACACACUAGUCUUUAUUGUGCACACGCGGGCCAACAAGUAUCAUAUUAAGGCGUCUGUGAAGAAGUUGUACGACAUUGAUGUCGCUAAAGUGAAUACGCUGAUCAGGCCGGAUGGCAAAAAGAAGGCUUACGUUCGUUUAGCGAGAGACUAUGACGCUCUUGAUGUCGCGAACAAGAUUGGUAUAAUAUAAAUUUUUCUAUUCCUGUAAAAAAAUACAUCCGGUAAUAAACAUCAUCACAGGAUUA